AUGGAAGGCGUGGUUUUAUGCGAUUUCGUGAAGAACUCUUUUGAUGGAGCUUCAUCGCCUGAAUGCACAGCUAUAAUUGGUGAAUGGAAGAGCCGAAGCCUAGCCGUGCAGCUGUGGGCACGAGAGAAAAUUGGUAUAAAACGAUGCAACGGUAAACACCGUGGAGCAGCAGCACGAGCUCAUGAGGCUAGCAGAAAGACAAAACAAUUCGUCAUCAGAUUACUAGAAAACAGUGAAAAUUCAAACGCUGAGAGGGAGUGA